UGUACCUCUCUACUCCACUCCUCUGCGCAUGCGUGAGGAGGUUGCUAGGUAACCACAGUAAACGAACAUGGAGUCCCGGGAGCAAACAGAGAGCGAAGUCGCCGCUGAGGAGGGGGACGGGAGGGAGAAGGAGGCAGUGGACAUGGAGAGCUCCAGGGAGGAGGGCGCUCAGGGUGAAACCCCUGACCACGAGCUCACUGACCCCCGGCUGCCCUCUGGGCUCCAGGAGGACACAGGCCCCAGGGAGCAGCCUGAGAGAGGGGCAGAAGGAGAGGAAGAAGAGGCUGCCGGUGAAAAGGACCAGGAGACUCCAGAAGCCAGGGACGGCGUCCCCCCAGUGGCAGGAGGAGAGCCUGCAGGGCCAGACACUCCAGAGGCGCCGCCAGAGGAGACCGAAACAGAAAGCCAGGAGCCGGAAGAAAGCAGUAAGACCACAGACGGUGAAGAGGCAGUGAAGGAGCCCCAUGUGAAUGUCCGCUCUGCAGAGGGAGAAGCUGAAGCCCACACACAGCCUGCUGAGGGUCUGUCUUCACCACUCAUCUACUUCGUAUCUGCACGAAGGCAAGGUGGUGAGCCCCAGGAGACGAGUGUAAAUGCUCAUAAAGAGGAGGAAGAGGGAGAGGACAGCUGCACAGCAGUGAAGAAGAUCCCUCGAGACUUUUACUACGAGUACGAGGAGCUCUGUUCUAAACCUUUUGUGUCCCCAGACUCUGGCAUUCCUACUAACCUGCUUCAACUGCUACACUCUUUUGGCUAUGACUGCACCAAGAGGGCAAAUCUGCAGCUUCUCGAUGAGAACACCCUCGCCUUUGUGGCUGGGAACCUGGUGAUCCUCCUGGAUUGGACAACUAAGGAGCAGCGUUACUUGAGGAGCUGUAGUGGAGGAGGAAUUGGCACAAUAAUGGUACACCCAAGUAAAAACUAUUUUGCUGUAGCAGACAAGGGCACCCAGCCAGAUAUCAUUAUCUAUGAAUAUCCCUCGCUGCGACCUUACAGAAAACUAAGAGGAGGCACAGAGGAGGCCUACAGCUGUGUAGAUUUUAACAGCACGGGCAGUCUCCUGGCCAGCGUGGGCAGCAGCCCUGACUACAUGCUGACCCUGUGGGACUGGCAGGAGGAGCAGGUCGUGCUGCGCUCCAAGGCUUUCUCCCAGGACAUCUACAGAGUCACGUUCUCUCCGGACAACCCUGGCCAGCUCACCAGCUCGGGCUCCGGGCACAUCAAGUUUUGGAAGAUGGCCAGCACCUUCACUGGGCUGAAGCUGCAGGGCAUGCUGGGAAGGUUUGGAAAAACAGCAUUGACUGACAUUGACGGCUACGUGGAGCUACCUGAUGGCAAGGUGGUGUCGGGCUCAGAGUGGGGAAACAUGCUGCUCUGGGACGGCGGGCUGAUUAAGGUGGAGAUCUGCCGGAAAGGGGGGCGGCCGUGCCACUUGGGACCCAUCCAGCAGUUCGUCCUGGACGAGGGGGAGCUCCUCACGGUCGGGACUGAUGGGGCCAUCAGGGUGUGGGACUUUGAGGGUGUCGACUCUGCAGACUCCGUGGACGACAGCGGGCUGUUUGAGAUUGAGCCCAUGAAUGAGAUCGUGAUUGGGAAAAGAGUGAGCCUGUACUCCAUGGUGAGGGGCUCGGGCCCAGACUCCUUCAUCUGGUUUGCACAGGAUGCACAGGGGGCUAUCUGGAAACUCGACCUGUCAUUUUCAAACAUUACACAGGACCCGGAGUGCCUGUUCUCCUUCCACUCGGGAAUUAUCCAGGGGAUGGAUGUCUCGGCUACCUCUCACCUGAUGGCCACGACCGCACUGGACCGGUCUGUGCGCAUUUUUGACUUCCUUGCUAAGAAGGAGCUGACCACUGGCCACUUUAGACAAGGAGGAACCACCCUGACCUGGGCGCCUCGCAUGGUGAACCCCAAGGGCGGCCUGAUGACGGUGGGCUUCCAGGACGGAGUGGUGCGACUCCUGGAGGUUUACAAUCCUCUGGGCCUGUCGGCUGUGGCGGGGAUCUCCCGCUCCGGCGCCGCGGAGAUCCGUCUCAAGCAGGCCUUCAAGCCUCACACCGGCCCGGUCACCGCCAUCGCGUACGAGAGGAACGGAGAGAUCCUGGCCACUGGGAGCCUGGACAAGACUGUGUUUUUCUUCACUGUUGGGGAGCGAUAUGAGCCCAUUGGCUUUGUUAACGUGCUGGGGCCUGUGCGGGGCCUUGACUGGUCUCCUUCAUCACACGAGAGGAGCACCCUGCUGGUCCUGUGUGAGAAUGGCCAUGUGGUGGAGGUCCCAGCCCCCGACCCCGAGCUGCCGAGCUCCGGCACCACCUACCAGAUCCGCAGCCUGCCCGCCCGGCACUUCCACUUCCGCAGCAUCAAGUCUCGCAUCAGGAGAGACGCGGAGGUGGCGCGCCGGCGGGAGGAGAGGGGGCGGAGGCGGGAGGAGAGGGAGGAGAGGCUGAGGCGGAAGAAGGAGCUCGGCCAGGAGCUGACGGAGGAGGACCUGCAGGAGCAGCCCGAGCCCGAGGAGGACGAGCUGCCCCCCCUGCACAUCCCGGACCCCCCCAGCCCCCUGCUUUGCGGCCUCUACUCCCAGCCUGGAGCCUUCUGGCUCUCCAUGGGUGGGUACGACUCCGGAUUUCUCUAUCACUGCAAGUUCUCUGAGCAGCAGGACGCUGAGCAGGACCCACUGGAGAGACGGGAUGAGCCUUUCAGUUUCCUCCCAGUUCAGGACACAGACCGCGAUCCCAUCAGGACCAUGAGCUUCAGCUCCAACAGGCAGCUGUUGCUCUGUGGGAUGCAGAGCGGCCAGGUGAGGGUGUACCCCCUGCAGCCCGACAGCCCUGUCCUCACCUCCAUGCAAGGGUUCUGGGCACUGAGCGUCCAUGACAACCAGUACGGGGCGCUGCGACGGGUGCGCUGCAGCCACGACGACCAGUUUGUCCUCACUGCUGGGGAGGACGGCAAUAUCUUUGUGUUCAGCCUGCUGCCGCAAGAGGACCUCCACAGAGCACUGGAAAAGAAAAGAGCCAAGGUCCCUUCUCCCCGGGAAGGUCUAGAAAAGGAAAAGGUUGCAGAGGACAUUGAAGAUCCAAAUGCGUACAGCAUUGAGACAGCGAAGCAGAAAACGGAGAUGGAUCGGAUGAGGAGGGAGGCAGAGGAGAGGAGGGCUGGGAGGAGGAGGAAGCUGAGUGAGCUGGAGAGGGAGUUCAGGCAGCUCCUGCUGCAGAACCAGGGCCUGCCUGAACACGUGCGACUGGACAGGGCGGAGUUUGAGCUGGACCCACGGAUCAGAGAGGAAACGGAGAGGCUGACGGCUCAGAGGAUCCGUGCGGUUCGCAAAGAACUGGCCUGGGAGGAGGAGAAGCACAGGAUUGGGUUGCAGAAGCUGCAGGAACGGUUCUGGGACUCUCUGGAGUCGGACACGGUCAUCGUGAGGGCUUUCGGAAGCGAUUACAGGGUGUCCACCUACCGGCUCCUGGCGCUGUCCAGGAAGUACCGCCAGCUGAAGCAGAAGAGCAAGCGGGCGAGCCAGGCAGGGCAGGAGCGGAGACGCAGCCGGGCGGAGCACGGCCGGGACAGCAGCUACAGCGAGGAGGAGAGGGACGGUGGCCCUGGCCACGACGCCAUGCUUCAGAGACGUGGCACACAUGCAGCAGGCACCAGGUUGGCGGGUCGUCAGGCAGAGAAGCUUCAGAAAGCAAUGGAGAAGGCCGAGAGAGCCCGGGCCAAGAUCGAGAAGAGGAAGAAAGAGUGGGAGGAACUUUAUGCCUCAAAGCCAGAUGAGAACUUCGAGGACCCCAGAGAUGUGGAAGCCAUUAAAAUUGCCCAGGACAACAUGGGGGAUUUCAAGCUGAAGACGGCAAAGGACUUCACUGUGCCUGAGCACUUGAGAAUGAAUGCAGAAAAGAAGAGAGUCCAGCUGGUCAACCUGGAAGAGAAGAUGCAUGACCUCAAAACAGACAUGAAUGAGAAGAUCAUGAGCCUCCGGAACUCCAAAGUGGAGUCCAUCCGGCAGAUCUGGGACUGCGUGCAGCAGCUGCGGACGGUGCAGAGCCGCCUGGAUCCUGCCAAGCGGCGCCCUGUGCCCAGCGUGCCCACGCUGCUGCCCGAAGAAAUGCCCGAGCGGAAGAUGCGCUACACCAGGGACACUCUGCUGAGGUACAAGCAGCUGAGGGCCAAGCGCGCCCGCACUGCAGACCUGGAGGCGGGAGAAGACGAGUCUGGGUUUCUGGGCCUUGCGUUGGCAGGACGGGAGCAGGAGGAGAUGCUGGCCUGCGAGAGCCCCAACAGGGAGGGCACCCCGUGUUCCAGCGAGAGCCAGACUGAGCAGUACGACGCCGUCCUCACAGACCUGGAGGAGGAAAUGCAGCAGGCCGAGGAAAUUAGACACUUCUACCUGCAAGACAGCCUGCUGCAGAGGAUUGAGGACCUGACGAAGAAUUUUGAUGCCGAGCUGUUCCUGCUGAGGCAUCAGAAGCUGCAGCUGGACAUCCAGAUGAAGCUGGUGGACCUGCAGCACGUCACGCUGUUCCAGGAGCUGCUGCUGCUCAAGGAGUUUGAGAAGAGAGAGAACAUCCUGCAGGAGCGAGUCAACACGCGCAUCGGGGAGGAACUGGAGCUGCAGUGCAAGUACGAGGAGUGCCAGCAGCAGCUGGAAGCCAAGAAGCGGGACAUCUCCAAGCUGCAGGAGAAGGAGAGAGCCAUUGCUGCCACUUUCCAGGCCUCCCUGGGCGAGAACAACAAGUUUGCAGACUUUCUCACCAAGGUCUUCAAGAAGAAAAUCAAGCGAGUGAAGAAGAAAGAGAGGCAAGGGGAUGAAGAGGAGGAAGUGGAGAGUGAGGAGGAGUCCGAUGAAGAGUCUGACUGGGGCAGCGAUGAAGAAGACUCUGGGUCAGAGACUGGCCCUCUAGAUGACAGUGUGUGCCCACCCAACUGCAACCCAGAGCUGUUUGACAGCACCAUUGAGCUGCGAGAGAAGCGACUGGACAUUGAGGAGGCCCUGAUGGAGGAAAAGAAGAUUGCAGAAAGCCUGAAAAAGGAAUGCGACUCCUUGGUUAAGAAGGAGAAAAUCGUCAGCGCAAGCCUAAAGACAGCAGAGGGCGAGCUGGAGCUGUUUCAGCGGGAGAAGCAACAGAAGCUUAAUGAGUUAGAUGUGGUGGUGCCUCUGAGACUCCAUCAGAUUGAGUAUGUCAAUAAUGGCACAGUGCCCAGCAGGCUGUCCCAGGCCCUGAUAUUCAACAUGGCAGCGCUGGUGGGGUUGCAGCAGAGGAUCCGCGAGCUGCAACUGGAGAAGAGCCAGCAGAGGGAGCUGUAUCGCCAGGCGCGGCAGGAGCAUGUGCAGCUCAUCCACGACAAGAGAGACAUGGCGGCCAAGAUACAGGUGCUCGAGGAAAAGUGUCAGCAGCUGAUGAUGAUGAAGUUUGGCAAAGAGGUAGACCUGGAGGCCCUGCAGACCCUGUCAAUCAACAGGAACCUGGAGGAACUAAAGCAGGAGAGCCAGACCAAGGAGGCUGACAAUGGCCGUGAGCUCCAGCUCUGGGAGGCUAAGGUGCAGGAGGCCAAGGAAGUCCUGACAGAAGUCACCCGCCAGAACACCCAGAGACUCCUGCAGGUGAACCAGCUGCUGACGGAGAGGAAGGACCUGGAGGAGCGGCUGAACGCCCGCCAGAGAAAGAUGCAGGGCGGGCAGUUCCAGGGCCGCCGGCGGGCGGAGGAGGACGAGAGGCAGCGGCUCAUCCAGCUGGUGGAGACGCAGGCGCGGGAGGCCGAGGCCCUGAGAGAGGAGAUCGGCGUCCUGUCCAGGAAGGGCGGCCACAUCCUCCCCCCGGCCCAGCCCCCCCAGCCCCCCAGGGCUCUGAGCGAGAGUCUCAGCCAGCUGUCCCGCAGAGGGGGCAUCGGCCAUCGCAGCACCCACAGUCGCCCGUCUGUCCCUGCUAGCGGGCAGGGCCUGGGGUAGCCCUCACCUCCACCCCUCGAGCCCCAAUCGCCGAUUCAGCCCUUUGUCAUUGCACACGGGUCUCUUAAUCAACACAAUACAUUUGAAAAUAGCUGGUUUCUGGGAUUGUUUGUUUGCAUCUUAGAUUUAUUUUGUCUCUGUGAUCCACAAAACCUCAUUCUGUGAGGGGGAAUGCAGCGCGUGAUCCCAGUUUAGAGUCCUUUUCUCUUUAGAGGCGGUUUUGGCAGCCUGUAUGCAGCACAACCACAAGGUGGUGCUGUUUCCUGUUUUUCUUCCACGUGAACAGUGUCCUGUUUGGAUUUGGUGAGGGGCAGGUGAGGUGGGGGGAGUAAAAUGCCACAGGUCACUGACUGAGGUCAUUGAGCCAACACUGAGUUGUCUCUGUCCACAGACACUUAUUGUGUAUGAAAAGAGGAUGUGAUUCUACUCUUUGAGAUAAUCCCAUUGUAACUGAGUUGUUUCCUUGACAUUUCAUUAUUAUUGUUCAUCUUUGGUUCUUAUUUGACGUUUUUUUUCUGGGAUUUUGGGGACAUCAAACUUGUCAGAAGCUAAGCAAGGCGGGGUCAGUGAUAGGACAGGAGACCUAUAAGGAAGACCAGGUUGUUUCAGUAAGUGGUGCUCUUUCUGUGGACCAGAAUUUCCAAACCCACACCUCACUACAGUGACUUGGGACACUGUGCUGUAGGAGGUCCUCACAUAAGACAUUUCUUGGUGAUUGAAAUCCUUUGGCAGGAUUCACAGGGGACAGAAGGGGUACACAUUCUAGUCUCCCUACAAUUCGCCCUUCAUUCAGCUGAUGGAGCAAUUUCCCACACUUCCAACUGAUUGGUUGUUGGUGCAGAAUGACUGCAGCAUGCCCACCAGGUGGCGCUGCACUGCAGUGGCUGGUGAAACGUGUGCCCUCCUGUAUGUAAAAGUGCUUUGGGAUCCUUCAGGAUGAAAAUGUUUCCACAGAAGCUUCACUUCCCAAGUGCUAUGUCCUUAAGGAUGAAGGUGUCCACGAAAAGACCGUCCACUGAUAAAUCCUGUAUCGUAGUGGACUCAAUUUCCUCCGUGUUGUAAAGACACUAAUCACAUGUUCGGAACCGUUGGUGUGUCCUGGGCCAAAACAGACCUGCGUGCUCAAGCUGUUCUGCGUCCCCCUCACUGACAAGAUGCUGUACCAUCCCCCU